GCGGGCCUUCCGGGCGUGUGCUUCCGGCGUCGGCGGCCGUGGCCGGGGACGGUGUGAGAGCGGUAAGAUGGCGGCAGCGGCGGUGGUGGAGUUCCAGAGAGCCCAGUCUCUACUCAGCACCGACCGGGAGGCCUCCAUCGACAUCCUCCACUCCAUCGUGAAGCGUGACAUUCAGGAGAAUGAUGAGGAGGCAGUGCAGGUCAAAGAGCAGAGCAUCCUGGAACUGGGGUCUCUCCUGGCAAAGACUGGACAAGCUGCAGAGCUUGGAGGACUCCUGAAAUAUGUUCGACCCUUCUUGAAUUCCAUCAGCAAGGCUAAAGCAGCUCGUCUGGUCCGAUCUCUUCUUGAUCUGUUUCUUGAUAUGGAAGCAGCUACAGGACAGGAGGUCGAGUUGUGUUUAGAGUGCAUCGAAUGGGCCAAAUCAGAGAAGAGAACGUUCUUACGCCAAGCUUUGGAGGCAAGACUGGUGUCUUUGUACUUUGAUACCAAGAGGUACCAGGAAGCAUUGCAUUUGGGUUCUCAGUUGCUUCGGGAGUUGAAAAAGAUGGAUGACAAAGCCCUUUUGGUGGAAGUACAGCUUUUAGAAAGCAAAACAUACCAUGCCCUGAGCAACCUGCCAAAAGCCCGAGCUGCCUUAACCUCUGCUCGAACCACAGCAAAUGCCAUUUACUGCCCCCCUAAAUUGCAGGCCACUUUGGAUAUGCAGUCAGGUAUUAUCCACGCAGCAGAGGAGAAGGACUGGAAAACUGCGUAUUCAUAUUUCUACGAGGCAUUUGAGGGUUAUGACUCCAUUGACAGCCCCAAGGCCAUCACGGCUCUGAAGUACAUGUUGCUGUGCAAGAUCAUGCUCAACACCCCAGAAGAUGUCCAGGCUUUGGUGAGCGGGAAGCUUGCACUUCGGUAUGCGGGGAGGCAGACAGAAGCAUUAAAAUGUGUGGCUCAGGCUAGCAAGAACAGAUCACUGGCAGAUUUUGAAAAGGCUCUGACAGAUUACCGGGCAGAGCUCCGGGAUGACCCAAUCAUCAGCACACACUUGGCCAAGUUGUAUGAUAACUUACUGGAACAGAAUCUGAUCCGAGUCAUUGAGCCUUUUUCCCGAGUACAGAUUGAACACAUAUCUAGCCUCAUCAAACUCUCCAAGGCCGACGUGGAAAGGAAAUUAUCACAGAUGAUUCUUGACAAGAAAUUUCAUGGGAUCUUGGACCAGGGGGAGGGUGUCUUGAUUAUUUUUGAUGAACCCCCAGUAGAUAAAACUUACGAAGCUGCUCUGGAAACAAUUCAGAACAUGAGUAAAGUAGUGGAUUCCCUCUACAACAAAGCCAAGAAACUGACAUAGAGUUGGAUCUGUAGCGGUCCUUUGGAGAGUGUGUGUGGCGGGAGAGUGAAACCUUUGGGGAAAAUGCUAGGAGAUUCUUUUUUUCUUUCUGUUCUACUUUUCGCUCGGAAAGUUUUUAAAUCCUCAUUUGGUGCAUCUGUAUUCCAGCUGAUAGGUGUGCCAGUUUUCAUGUAAUCUUUACUGGCCCAACUUGGGAGUGGGGAAAUUGCUUAAAAAAAAAAGAAAAAGAUAAAAAAAAGGUUAUUCUAAAUAAAAGGAAAAAGGCUUACACUACCUAAAGCUGUGCUCUCUGCCUCCUGGGAGAGGGCCGCCAAGCCAGGCGCUCCACCAGCCACUGGGGCUCCUCACCCACCCGCUGGGUGUCAUCUCGCCUCCUCUUCAGAAUUGGGUGUUUGCCUGACCAUCAAAGCAACGACUUUUUAUUCUGUUUGUACUGAACCAAAACAAACAACUGUGUAUAGACUGCUAUUUUCUUUUUUAUUUGAAAUGAGGUGUUUGGUGUCCUUUCCCCCGCCAUACGGCCCGUUCACCCGCCCUUCCCCCAGCAAUGGCUCCAGCAGACUGGCCGAAGGUCCCACCGCCACCACCGCAGCAGCAGCAGCACCUGCACGGCUCCGCUGCAGCCUGGGAAGGAAUGGGGACACGGCCAGGAGCUAGUGUCCACCGUGGCCACACGGGGAGCAGUGUGGGCCCUCAGGGGGCCUGCUGUGCAUGUGGCUCUUUUUAACACAGGAAACUAGAUUAGACAUCCGUGUUUUAAUUGCCCCCCUCCUCUGCUCUUUUCUCUCUCCCUCUCUUUCCCCUUCUCUCAACCAGGAGACCAUCCCAUGUCUCUCUUCCUUCUUCCUUCCCCCCUCCAGGGGAGUCAAGCUGUCUGAAAUCCUUCAGCUUCUCUCCCAGUCACCCUGCUCCUCUCCUGCUGUCAGAUGGAUUUACUCCUUUUUUAAACAGUGAACAUUGGAAAUGAGACUGUGGGGUGUGGAUUUUUUUUCUCCCAAUUUUCGUUGUUGGGUUUCUGAGCAACCUCAUGUCCCCCUCCCAGGGAGCUUCUUUUAUUUACCUCUUAGAAACGGAACGGAUGGGAGGUAGAGCACUGUACUCCAGCAUGCUUUGUUUUAUGAUGAGAUUACACAACAAGGCUUUAAUGCCAUUUGGGCAGGUAAGCUUCUGCACCUCUGUUGUGCUCACCUAUAUUUUCUUCUUCCUCUCAUUCCUCUCUGUCUUCUCUUUUUUCCUCUCCCCCUCCUCCUGCCUCCUUCCUGCUGGCCUCCUUUUAUCUUUCUUUCCCUUUCUCAGAUUAUCCUGCCAGGUUUUCGUAAUAAAUUUAUAUUUUGUAAAAGGAUUUUGUUGUACCAGGUUUUGCAUCCUCACUGAAUCUGACUGGCUUUUAUUUUCCUCUCCAAAAUCAGGUUUUUGUUCUCAACGUCUUUCCCCAUCAUGUCCAUUCACUGUUUUGGUUUUGGCACCAUCAAUAUCAAAUGUACAAACGGUUCUUGCUAACCAACACCAGGUAUAUCUGAUGUUCAGAUGAGUUCCAAUAAAAACAAUUUUUUUUUCAAAAAGUGUCCUUUCUUGAAAGCUGGAGGGCUUCUGAUCAAGUCCAGACAGCUCUGUGUAGCCCUCUAGACUGGACAAAGCUCUGCUGUCUCAUUUGCUUCAUGGGAGACCUUUAGAUCUGGGGUCAAGUGGAGAGCUUUGGGUGAGAAGGUUGGUCUGUGAGGUCUGAAAUGGGAAAUGGGGCUCCGUUAUCUUUGUUUUUCCAAGGCAUCAUGGUCCAGUGAGGACAUGGGGUUUGGGUUGUAAUAUCCUCUCAGCCUGUUUCCUCACUAUGUGACAAGGAUGCCGCUUCCUUGGCAGGUGAUUGUGGUGGGAGGGUUACAUGAAGUCAUGGAAGUGCAGGUGCCUGGAGAGCCCUGGCAUUCAGUUGUGGUUUAGUUUUAGUUUUUUGGAAUCUUGUUCAAAAGCUUUGAUUUUCAUACUACCCCUCAGACCCUGGGAGAGACCUGUCCUGUGGGGCUCUGGGGCCACUGGGAGGGAGAGGUGGGCUCUAGCCACCGGCUCCACUUCAGUCUGAGCCACUCUCUGUUCUCGUUCAAUAUCGUGUCUUUGUGUAUAGUUUUACUUAAGGAAGAGUUGUGCUUCAAUAAAGGACUUUAACAAUAUUCCCAAGGGCUGCAGAGCCAGAGCAGGGGAGGGGAGGGCAGUCCCAGGAGCUCAGUGGGGCAGCAGCCCUCUCCUCUGCUCCCUUGGCAGGUCUGCUGACUUCCUUUAGACCCGUGCUGUCCAGUGUGUGGCCACGAGCCCCAUGGGGCUGUUGAGCCCUUGAAAUGUGGCUAGUUCAAACUGUGGUGCCCUGCAAAUGUAAAUAGGCCAGACUUUGAAGAAUGUGAAAAAACAAUGAAAAAUUGCUCAACUUUUUUAUAUAUGUUGAAAUAUUUUGAGCAUUUAUUGGGUUAAAUAAAAUAUACUAUUAAAAUACA